AUGGCUUUGGGCUUCAUGUGUGGGGCAGAGGACCUGUUGCUCAGAGGCGGCCGGCUGGUAUGGGGCCUGGCCGUGCGGGCGCUGAGGGAGUGGUACGAGAGCGGCCUGGGGCCAUGCCAGCGAUUCGUACAGCGCUGCCACCGGCUGCGGGACCUCUACCAGAUGACAGAGGGCAGACUCUGUCAGGUUCACCUCCUGGAUGACAGGAAGCUGGAACUGAUGGUACAGCCGAAGCUGCUGUCCCGGGAACUCCUGGACUUAGUAUCUUCCCACUUUAACCUUAAGGAGAAGGAGUACUUUGGAAUCACCUACACAGGUGACACGGGGCAGUGCAAGUGGCUGCAGCUGGACCGCAGAGUGCUAGAUCACGACUUCUCCAAGAGGACAGGACCAAUCUCCCUGAAAUUCCUGGUCAGGUUCUAUAUUGAGAACUUCACAUUUCUGAAAGAAAACAUCACGGUAGAAUUGUUUUUUCUCAACGCCAAAGCUUCAGUGUAUAAUGGUGACAUUGAAGUGGAGAGUGAGGAUGUUUUCAAACUAGCCGCUUACGCACUACAGGAAGCUAAAGGGGACUACGCGAGUGAUGAAAACACGAGAAGCGAUCUGAAGAAGCUACCGACCCUGCCCACCAAAGUGCUGAAGGAGCAUCCGUCCCUUGCUUAUUGUGAGGACCGGGCCAUCGAGCAUUACAAGGCACUGAAAGGGCUCACGCGAGGACAGGCUGUCAUACAGUACCUGACCUUGGUGGAAUCUCUUCCCACCUAUGGAGUUCAUUACUAUGAAGUAAAGGACAAGCAGGGCAUCCCGUGGUGGCUAGGAAUCAGCUACAAGGGCAUCGGCCAGUACGACCUGCAGGACAGGCUGAAGCCCAGGAAGUUGUUCCAGUGGAAACAGCUGGAGAACCUCUAUUUUCGGGAGAAAAAGUUUGCUGUGGAGGUGCAUGAUCCCCACAGGAGGACUGUGACUCGACGCACCUUUGGGCAGGCUGGCCUGGUCAUCCACACGUGGUAUGCCAGCCACUCUCUUAUCAAGAGCAUUUGGGUGAUGGCCAUCAGUCAGCACCAGUUCUAUCUGGACCGCAAGCAAAGCAAGGUGAAAAUCAGCACGGCGAGGAGCUUGGGCGACAUCGCCAUGGACCUGACGGAGUCGGGGGUGCCAAGGGGCAGCAAGCUGGGCAUCACCGAGGGCAAGGACCGCCUCAUCAUGGCCAGCAACGGCAGCCUGGUCUCAGCAGGCUCCAUGGAUUCUGAGGUGAAUGAAGAGCAGAAGAAGGAGAAGAUCUCAGAGCUGAGGAGGAAGGAGAGGGAGCUGCAGGGUAUCCUGGACAAAAAGAUGGAGGAACUGAAGAAGAUAUGCCUGAGAGAAGCUGAGCUGACAGGCAAGUUGCCCGAAGAGUACCCACUCUCCUCUGGUGAGAAGACUCCGCAGGUGCGAAAGCGCAUCGGCACCACCUUCAAGCUGGACGACAUUCUCAAUGACCAGGAUCCCUACCUGAAGAACCUGGAAGGCAGGUUUGCCCUGCAGCAGAAGAUUGUGGAAGCGGCCAAGAAACUGGCUACAGAGACGGAGCCCUGCAAGACGGUGAAGAGGAAGAGGAAAAAGAACCUGCUGGAUGCCAUGAGGAAGCUGCAGGAGAUUGAGAAUGAGAUCAACGAGCAUCGGAUCAAGAUGGGCAAGAAGCCGACACAGCGGGUCUCGCUGCUAAUUGCAGAUGAGACACUCACGGCCGAACUGACCUCGCUGGACAGCCUGACGCUGGAGGACGGUGAGCCGGCCGGGACCCGGCGGCAGCGGUCUCGCUCGGUUCAGUACUCCCCGCAGCUGUCCAACGGGCCCAGUAGCGAGUACCAGCAGGACCGACGAGCCUCGGCCAAUGAGCAGCACCAUGACGUGGGCCUGGACAGGCUGACUUAUGCCGACGUGCCGGAGCCGUAUUACAGCCACAGGGAUGCCCUGUCCACACACAGCAGCCCCUGCAAGCCUUCAUCCCGGCAGCCACGUGAUUCUUGCAGCAUGCCCCCGACACCCGUCAUGCCUCGCAACGCUUUCAGCAGCAUCCAGCUCAGGUCCGAUGACGGCCCGCAGCCUUUCCGGCACCGCAGUGGCAGCCUGGAGUCUCAGUCCCAGCACACCAGUGACGUGGACCCGUACCAGCCUGGCUUCACACUGGCUCCCAGUCGCCGUAGCAACAGCACGGAGAUCCUGGACGACGGCUCAUCCUACACCAGCCAGUCGAGCCUGGAGUACAGCGCCCCCAGUGGUGGGGCCGGCUCUCGGCCCCGAGACCGCUGGCGCCACCGGAAGGGUAACGUGUACGCCAGCGCAGGCAGCAUGCCUAACCUGGCACAAAGCGACUCGCGCUGCUACGGCUACAUGACACCGGCGUGCCACACGCCGACCACCUACUACGUGACGGGAUUCCCGCGCUAUGCGGAGCCGGAGCCCUACGCCAACGGCGGCUACGUCUACGAGGCCGAGACUGAGGGCCACUACAACGUCAACCCGUCUUACCCGGCAGCCAUCUACCACGGGCAUGACCGCUACGGCCGCUACGGCGGCGAUGAGGCUGACGGGCCGCCACAAAACCUCUAUGCCACACUGAGGCCCCCCCGCAGCCGGCCCGCGGCCCCACCCCCGGCACUGCGGCCCGAGCUUAUGGCCAGGAACAUCCAGAGGGCCCUGGUGGAGGAACACCUGCGAGGCUGGUACAACCGCAGCCUGGGCAGCAAGCAGGUGGCACACACCUACGAGCGCGGCUCCCAGCAGAGCCUGUCCCCACAGGCCGUGCCCACCCCCUUCGGCCACGCCAACCGGACUCUGUCCAACUCCUCAGUGUCCUCGGCGGUCAGCUCCAGGACCUGGCGGGGGCACCAGGCUAUGGGUCUGCCGGACUACGAGGUGGGGGUGGCUCAACAACAGCAGGCCUACCCUGGCUCCUACAGCUCCGUGCACGGCAGGUCGUAUGUAGACAUGAACCAAAUUGAGCCGCCAGUCGGCAGCCACCUCAGCAGCACUUUGGACUCGGAUGCCCAGAUGUUAUACUGGCAUGAGGACUCCAAGCCUGGAACGAUAGUGUAGGGAGCCGGCGCUCUCCGAGGGCCGUUUCUAUCCUCACAUGUGCCUCCAUGACAGGGGCUGGGAUUUCUCAAGAAGCAGAGAGCCAAAGCCGACAGGACCCAGAACCACAGGGCAACACGGGAAUCACAGAGCUGUGGUCUGUGCUGUCCUCUGGAAGCUGUGGUCUGUGCUGUCUUCUGGGAGCUGUGUACAGACAAACGGACAAAUAAGGAUGUUUUGUACAAGUUUAUGUAAAACAAUGUUGCUUACAUUAUGGAAUGAAGGUGGAGCGGGAUGUGGGGAUUUGACCAGUAAGGACCGGAUAGUAGCCAUGACCAUUUCCGCACCAGUUUCACGGCUUGUAGAGCCGUCAGUAUCCGUCAUGGAGCCAUUGGAUGGCAUUAUCUCUUCAAUGAAUGUUCAGACUUGCACAUUUGCGGAAACUGGGAAAAUCAUUGCAGCCUGAAUGGUGUCCAGCAGCGAGCAGCCCGGUUCCUGCUCCCCAUUGUGUGUAUAGCGGUAGACGGCACUGUUACGAAUGGCACAUGGCUGGCCGUCACACUGGCUCUCUGUGCCAUCUUCUUGCCACUGAUCCCGGGCCCCUUUCUGCGUCUUCUGCAUUUCCGGGCCUGGCAUUAUCUGCAUUCCGGCCAAGCAACACACGCCUUCAGGGCUGGACCAGGUGUUUGUCGGUUCUAGACUCUGAUCAUGGAUUGAGUCCCUUUUGCUUCUUCUGAAGACAUUCCAGCCUCUAUAGCUUUCCUUGGAUUCAUUAGGUAUAUAAGAGAUCAUCGACAAGAACAGCCAUUGCAUCCCAUGCUGGACUCCAUGGACCGGUGCUCCUUUCUUUGAAGAAUUUCCAUGUAAAUAUUAACACUGUAUAUAGGAUGUUUUUAAUUUUUUUAUUGUUUAGUUGUUUGUGAACUUUGUGUUUUAAAGCAUGUAAUAUAUAGUCAACUAUCCCAAUUUGGUAAGCUGGUUCUUAGAAUUUGUAUUAAAAGUCAGUCGAAUUGAA